ACUGGUCAUUACUGUUAUUCGAAGAUUUUUUUUUCUCCCAAGUCCCAGUUUUCUUCCUUUUUUUCUAUAUGCUUUUAGUGGGUUUGCACUUUGCUAAAUCACUCGAAUAAAAGCACUUACAAAAUUAAUUAUUAUUCAAAAUUUAUCUAUCAAAUUGCUUCUUCGACCGUAACAGUAUUAGGGUUUCGUAGUAAGCCAAAGUUCAUAUUUUAAUUAUUGUUUUCGUGUUAUACGAACCACCACCUUACGAGGAACGUAUAGUAUGACUGUACGCAAAUAAUUAUGAGGUCACACUAAAUUAGGCCAUGUAAGAAAUUUAGUAUAAAAUUAUAAUGAAGGGUAAUAGGUAGAUAUUAUUAUGGUGGAUCAAAAUUAAUACUAUUCUUUAAGCUUCAAUUCAAAUUAUAGUUAUUUGCACUAUUAUGAAAGUUGGAGGUGAGUUUACGCAGAGUAAGGAAGAUACACGAAAUGACAUUCUUUUAAAUAAAAAAUUAAUGGAUGCCAAAUAUUUAAUAAUAUUCAUUACAAUUUUAAACUAAAUUCUUUGUAUGAACUAAUCCGAUAUGCCAAACGUUGCUUGAGUGUUUUAGGUGGUCUUGUUUGGUAGUGUUGUUAGAGGCAUUUUUAUUUAUGAGUUUCUGGUAAGACCCAUCACUGUUUAUUUACUUUAGUUUCUUGAUUCUACUCUUUGUUGCCUAUUAUUAUAAUAAAAAUAGAAAAGGAACAUUCAUUUAUUAAUUUAUGAGUUAGUUCUCUACCGUUCUCUAAUAAUUGAAGUCCUUUUCUUCUUGACUAAUUUUAUAUGAGUUUUAUGGAGAAUUCUUGACAAUUAUUAAAAUUCUUUUUGUUCAACCUUUUCAUGUUAAGAUACUCAUUCACUCAUUUCUCUGUUUGGGUGGGAGAGGGCCAAAUUUCACAGGCAAAAUGGGGGGUGGGGGUGAAAUCACUUAUUCAUCAAAUAAUUAUAUUUUACUACUUGAAAUUUUUUGGGUAGUUAUUUAUUUAUGGUCAAAAUUAGGUUAUGGGGUAUUUAAAUGACAUUGAUUCUAAGAUUUAGGAUUGUCAUCUGCUUAAAUAUCUGAUCAAAUUGAUCUGCAGAGGGCAUCGAGUGAGUGAAGUUUGAUUGAAAUAUCUGGUAGGAAGGCCUAAUACUGGAUUCUUGUUCUCCAGAGUUUGCUUUGAAUGGUAACUGACUGAAGCUUUCUUGAUCUUGUGCACGAAUCCAUUGUAAAUUUGGCAUAUGACAUGAGGAAGGUGUUAUUUCUCGCAAGGUUUUGUGAAAAUUAGUCACACUCAUGGGUAGCUGUGUUUCAAAAGCAAAACUAAAGGUGAAAUCAAAUGCCAAGUACUUGUACAAGUCUUGCAAAUUUCGCCGAAAGAUUGCCCCAUCAGUUCCAGUUGCAACUGUUGAGAAUUUUGUGAGCGACUUUUCUGUCCAAGAAUUAGCUUCUUUGGAUGUUCAAAGUGGCGAAACAAUGAUCUGCUGCAUGUCUGAGACGCAAAUUCGAACUUUCCAACAUUGUGAGUGGCAACAGAACCAUACUGAAGUUGGGAUAAAUGGAACGUGCCAAGAAGAAGAAUGGUUUGACUCCGUUAGUGUUCUUGACUCUGAUACCGAUGAAGACUUUAUCAGUGUUGAUUGUGGUUGGAGCUCAUUAGAUGGACAAACGACUCAAUUUGAGGGUAACUCGUGCUUUGUUGACAAUGCGUAUAGAACCGAGGAUAAAACUACAAAUAUUUUGAACUUUGAGGAAAAGAAACAGAAUGGCUUCAUGCAGCUAAAUUCAGGUUCAAUAUCAAACAGAAGUAAGUCAAGCGCUACAGUAGUUCCAUUAGAGAGGAAACUCUAUGAUAGAGAAAUUCCAACAGAGUUCUGUUCGUCUGAUAGAUUCUUAUGUCAUCCUAGAGCAGGGGAUCUAAUUCCAUGCUCCGUGGAGAAGCCAACUCAAGGUCGCUGGUGCCCUCUAGCACCUUCUGCCUUUAAGCUACGCGGAGAAAAUUAUUUCAGAGAUAAAAAGAAAUAUCCUGCUCCUAAUCACUGCCCUUACGUACCUUUUGGUACUGAUCUAUUCGCCUGCCCUCGAAAGAUACAUCACAUCGCACAGCAUGUUGAACUUCCUUCUGUGAAGUCACACAAUGAAGUGCCUUACCUACUGAUUGUUAACAUACAGCUUCCUGCCUAUCCUGCUUCCAUGUUCCUUGGUGACAGUGACGGGGAAGGCUUAAGCCUUGUAUUAUACUUCAAAUUAUCAGACAACUUUGACAAAGAGAUAUCUCCACUAGUUUUGGACACCAUAAAGAGAUUUGUCAUGGAUGAGAUGGAGACUGUGAAGGGUUUUGCUAAAGAAUCCACAGUUCCUUACAGAGAAAGGCUAAAGUUCUUGGUAAAUCCUGUCAAUCCUGAGGACCUCCAUUUGAGUUCUGCCGAGAAAAAGCUUCUAUCUGCAUACAAGGAUAAGCCAAUACUUUCCCGUCCUCAACAUGUUUUCUACAAGGGACCCAAUUACUUGGAAAUCGACCUGGAUGUACAUCGUUUCAGCUACAUAUGUAGGAAAGGACUCGAUGCAUUUCGAGCUCGUUUAAAACAUGGUAUACUUGAUCUCGGAUUGACAAUUCAGGCACAAAAGCCCGAGGAACUGCCCGAGAAAGUUCUAUGUUGCGUUCGACUGGACAAAGUAGACUUUGAAAAUCAUGGACAGAUGCCAACACUUGUAACUCUUAGUAAAGAUUAAGGCUGGAGAUUUGAGGGACGACAUUUUAAGCCACGGUGAGCCAUGAAAGUGUAAAGUUCUUAGCAUAACAGUGGUUCAUCUGAGUGGGAAGAGAGAGAGAGAGAGCAAAAUGUUUCUGUAAAGAUUGUUCAGUCUGGUAUGAAAGAGACUAUUUCUACCGCCUAUAUAUGUAUCUAGUAUUAUCAAUGCCUUCAAGGUGAUUCAAUGAAAUGAUUCUUUUCAUUUCUGAUCUA